CUGGAUGCUUCAGCUGUUAACAGUACAGCUUUAGAAGACUCUGAGGACUCCGAUUCAGAAAUUCAGCAGAUAGUGGCUGAUCUGGAGUCAGACAGCGAGAUGAAGUCAUACAGUUCCACUCUCACUCUAAGACCCUCUCCCACCCACAAGGGCAUGGGCAAAUCAAAACAGGGCUUCCGCAAAGUUUCCCUGGUCACUGACAAUGACACCACAGACCACACUGAAGACAGUGUGGACUACAGAGAAAGCACGAUCAACGAACCGAAUAGAACUGAAAGUGACCUAGGUCCAGUCGCACCAGAAUACAAAUGGAGGAACUUGUACGAGGGGGUGCAAACUACUUUCGAACCCAAAGGGGAGACCUGGCGCUCUGACUCUCAGUCGGAUGAGUCAAGAGUGUCCACAUACGAUGGACACUACUCUUCCCUCUCCCCCUCCCUCUCUGUGUACACACGACAACUCACCUCUCUCGGGCCGCCAUUCCAAGAACCUGGCUUGUCCUCCCUCUCCUCAGAGACACCCCGUUCCCCUGGUAACGGCCGCUGGUUGAGUGACAGGAGCGAAGUUCAGUUGACCGGGAGAGUAGCGAGCCAGAGGCAGGAACAGGCAGGGGGGAGUAGGAGGGUGUGGGAGGAGGAGCUAGCCACUGCACCUGCAGGACAGAGAGAGAGAGAGGUAGAGCAAGAGGGGAGGGAGGGAGAGUCCAUGGCAAGGAAGAUAAAGUCAGGCUGUGACUUGCAAUCACUCCCAGUCUCAAACUUCUCCUCGGCAGGUCAGACCAUUGACAACGUGGACUGCAGCAGUGACUCCUACUCCGGACAGUACAAGGCCACCCGCGUGGAUCUGCUCCCUUCCCCCUCCUCCUCGGACCCUUCCCCCUCUUCCUCUCCCGUGACCCCUGAGCCGGGCUCCCCCUAUCACUGCAACAUAGAGAGCCUGGUGGACACCCUGAAGAGCAUGAUCCCUAACCUUCCCCAGAGGCAGAGGAGGCUGCGUGGGACCACCGCCCCCCUCCAUCAUCUCCUCCCUGCCCUCCAUCGAGGAGGACACCCCCAGCUCCAGCCCCACCAAUACCAAAUCUCCCCAGGUGCCCCCUGGGUCUCUGCUGGAGGGCCCCAACAGCCGCUACAACCUGACCGCAGACCUUGGCCUCAACUGGAGUGCCCCCAAGGAGAUGCAUUCCCCUCUGGAGUUGAUGAAGCUCCAACAGCAGCAGCAACAGGAGCAGCAGGCUGGAGACCACCAUUGGAACCGUGGAGGCCUCAACCUCCCACUCCGAGCCUCGGCUCUUAGCAGCAUCGUCAUGAGGAAGAGCUCCUUGGGCAGUGACUCUUCCCCAGAGCACUCGCCGUCCCCCCUGCUAAACGGAGGGAGCAGCAACCAGUCUCCAAACCCCUCGCGCCUGGACAGAUCCCUCCUCUACUCUAGCUAUCGUUCAGCAACGAUUGAUCAAUCACAGGAGAACGGCAAGGCCCAUAGCCCAGUCCAGCGGCCCUCUCUGUUCCUUACGGGCUCCCUACCGGACAUAGGGCCUAAACAGGACCACAUGAGCUCAGGGCCUGGUAUGGGCAUGGCUGAUGUGUCUGGGAGCGGACUUGGAUUCAAAUCUGGAGUUGGAACCCAAACUGGAACAGGAACUGAUCCUUCAACCCACUUCCGCUACGAACGUUUCUCCUCCCGGAUGUCUGACUCCUUAACCGGAAACAACACAGACACCAACUGUCGAAUGAUCAGGCCCCCUCCCCUCCCUAGCUUCACCUCUACCCGAGAAGGCCUUCUCAGUCCCACAAGCUCAUCUCUGGACAUCUACAGGUCUUUCGCCAAUGCUAAUGAGUCCGUAUUAAAGCUCAGCCCGGGGCUGGGUGGUAUGGGUUCCAAUGGCAACAUGGGCUCUGUGGGCUCUAUUGGUCUGGGUCUGCAGAGGACCUUCAGUAACGAAGGCCUGAACUCAACACUGUUCAACAUGGGGUCCCCCCAUGGAGGGUCCCCCGAUGGAGGAUCUCACUUCAGUCCAGAGGCUGAGAAGAACCUGGUGCCCAAGUACAGGGCUUUCCCUGACGCCUAUCUCACCAAGGAGAAAGAACAUGGAAAGCUCAACCCUCGACCAGGAAAGAUGUUCAUCUUUGACCGACCAGGGAUGUGUGGCCAGAGGAUGGAGGUGUGGAGUGAUGUAGUUGAUGCCACACCCUGGCAACUACAGGAAACCAUCUCUAUCAGGGUUGUCAGAGGAGGCUGGGUCUUGUACGAGAAGCCCAACUUCAAAGGGGAGAAGAUCGCUCUGGACGAGGGGGACAUAGAGCUCACCUACCCCUUCGACCCCCCUGAGGAGGUAGAGGGACAACAACCGCAGAAUGGAGAGGACAGCCAGAAGGAGGGGGGAGAAGAAGUGGUAGCGGCCAAGCCGGCCAGGAGGUUCAUCAUAGGAUCAGUACGAAGAGUAGUCAGGGACUACAGUGUGCCAGAGAUCAGUCUGUUCCCAGAGGAGAAUGCCGAGGGGAAGAAGGUGACCUUCAGAGACACGUCAGAGGACGCCAGGAUAUUCGGCUUCCCCAUCAAAGCCAACUCCAUCAUCAUCAACGCUGGACUAUGGCUGGUAUAUGCUCAGCCUUUCUUCCAGGGCAUACCACGUGUUCUGGAGGUGGGGGGGUUCCCCAACCCUGCAGCCUGGGGUGUGGAACAACCUUACGUGGGCUCCGUGCACCCUCUCAAAAUCGGUGAACCAAGAGUGGAGAAACCUGGUGAGCCCAAGCUGGUGCUCUAUGAAAAGCCCUACUUCACUGGGAAGACAAGGACAAUCUACACCAACAUGAGAGACUUCAUGACCAGGAAGGAUAGACAGCAGACUGCCUUCAUAUACAGCCCUGGAUCCAUCAAAGUACAGGGAGGGUGCUGGGUGGGCUAUGAGAAGGAGGGUUUCCGAGGCCAUCAGUAUAUGUUGGAGGAGGGAGACUACCAUGACUGGAGGGUGUGGGGGGGCUGCGAUGCCGAGCUGCGCUCUGUCAGAGUCAUUCGAGCGGACCUGACCGAGCCCAUGUUGGUGUUGUAUGAGCAGCCCGACGUGGAGCAGGACAACACCUUUGAGGUGACCGAGGCCAUUCCCGACGUGGAGCUGUUUGGCUUCCGCACCACCACGCGCUCCAUCCACGUCGUCAGUGGAGCAUGGAUCGCCUACUCUCACGUGGACUUCUCUGGUGACCAGUAUAUCCUGGAGAAAGGUUUCUACAGUAACUCUGCUGACUGGGGCUCUUCAGACAACCGCAUCUGCUCUGUCCAGCCCAUCUUACAGGCUCCAAGUGAAAACCAGGGCAGCGUCAGAAGUGAGGUGAUGUUGUAUACAGAGCCAGAUUUCGAGGGGGAAUGCCAUGUGUGUGACAAGAACCAGGAGUCCCUCUCUGACAAGCUCAUCGCCAAGUCCUGCAGAGUGGUGGGGGGAAGUUGGGUGGUGUACGAGGGCCGUGAGUAUUCAGGGAACCUGUACAUCCUGUCAGAAGGAGACUACCCCAACUUCACCAGCAUGGGCUGUCCUCCGAACUGUGUCAUACGCUCGCUGAAGACUAUCCCGCUGGUGUUCUCAGUGCCCUCCGUCUCGCUGUUUGGUCUGGAGUGUUUGGAGGGCAGGGAGAUCACAGUGGACACAGAGGUGGUCAAUAUGCUGGAGGAGGGCUACAACAACCAUCUACUCUCUGUCAGAGUCAACCGAGGCUGCUGGGUGAUGUGUGAGCACAGUAACUACAGGGGGCGACAGUUCCUAUUAGAACCCAUUGAAAUCACCAACUGGCCCAAAUUCAGUCAGCUUCUCACCAUUGGCUCAAUGUACCCAGUACGGCAGAGGCGGCACUUCUUCCGCAUCAAAAGCAAAGAGCGAGGUCACUUCCUGUCCAUCCAGGGUGGCGUAGAGGAAAUGAAGUCUGGACGCGUGGUGGUGACCGAGCAGGUGGAGGGCAUGAGCGACAUCUGGUUCUACCAGGAAGGCCUCAUCAAGAACAAGUUAGCUCCUACUAUGAGCCUGCAGGUAAUGGGGAACGUGGAGGCGGGGGCGAAGGUGGUGCUGUGGUCAGAGACCCGGCAGCCAGUCCAGACCUGGUCAGCCCAGAUGAGAGGCACCAUCCCCAGCCUCACCUUUCCUGGCAUGGUGUUGGACAUCAAGGGUGGCAAGCAGUACGACAGAGACCAUGUGGUGAUUUUACCAGAGAGUGAGGAGAGGCCUUGCCAACAGUGGGAGCUGGAGCUGCUGUAAACCUUCCAAUAACCUUCCCUCAACCCACACCCUUCACCCGCUCCUCCAAUACAAUACAUUCCAAUAUCGACCAACCCCUCAGAACUUCUGCUCUUCAGUCUGUGGAGACGGACAUUAGGAAUCACCGCAGACUGAACCUUGUGUCAUCAUGGUCAGGCACUCUCAAGAGGAUCCCAGAACAUCUUCUUUACAGUUAAAGGGUUUCUUUCAUUUCGUGAAGAAUCAUAUGAGGGUUAUAAUAUUUUUGCCUGAAUGUGAGGACAGCAGCAUACGAAUGAGUCAUCUAACAACCAGUACCUUUGGAUUUGGCCAACUGGAGAGGAUGGGAAGGGUAGUGCUUCUUUUCCCCUCCCUUAAAUGUGUGUAUUUAGAUGAUUCUAUUUACAGACAAUCUACCCUCUCAGAUUCUUCCUUGACUUCGAUGGUAUGAUCCGGCUUAGCACACACAGUAGUGGACAGAACCAUUCACUUGAACCCACUAAUGAUUAUUGGGAAGGUCAAGUUCCAUCUACCAUAUGAUACAUCAUCUGUGGCUACAAGCAGUGUAUUUAAGAGGGUUUCAUAAAGGAAGCCAAAUCUAUGCACAUUCUUUUCUGAAUUGGCUUAGUUCAACAUUUUGUUUGACUAUGUAAUUUACUACCUUUUGGGAAACUAUUGGAUGGGAAGUGUGUUCUUUAGGCAGUAUAAUGCAUACAAUAAGGUAUGAUGCAGUGCAAUGACUCUGUGGGAUUUUAUGCAGUUCCUCUCUAAUGCUACAGUGUGUUCUUCUAUUUCACGAUGGUCUAUCUAUUUUCAUAGAUAUGAAUCAUACAUUGCCAAACACUGUCAAGAUACAGGUUACUUUCUAAUUUUUUUAAUAUUUAACACCAAAUGCCUUGCACCUCAAUGCAUUAUUCUUUGAUACCAAAAAUAGAAUGUGAAAAGAAAUGAGUGGUUUUAAAAUAUUAAAUAAAACUAUCAAAAAUGAAA